AUGAACAGACGGACCGUUCCUGUCGUGAAGCUGAACUACUCUCUGGUCGUGCGCCGCAAGAAGGAAGCCCUUUCGCGUGCGCAAGCUGCUGCCGAAUCCAUCUCUACCCAUUCCGGACCGAUCCAAGUGGCGCUGGGAGCGAUCGCAUUUUACGGUCAUGGUUCGCUAUGGAGUAAGGAGGUUAUCGAGUGCAUCCGUGCGAUAGGUCGAAGCGUACACGAGCUCAUCGAUGACGUGGACGCGCUUAGGAAGCUAUCCAGCGAGAGGGUUCGAGUGGCUCAAGAAGCUCUGGGGGAAAAGAAUCACACCAGCUCUGCCUUGAAAGCCUCCACGAAGAAGCACAUGAAUGCAAACUGCGAGCGGACGACGUAUAGUUGGCUCCCCAGGUCUAAGUCUAAGGCGGAAUACAUCCAAGAGUAUCAGAUGAAAAAGCAGGUUCGAGGGUUUUUCGAACACGACUCUCGAUGCGCGCAAGCUAUUGACGCCGACGUCACCACCCGCUCCACUUCGAUCAUAAGCGAGCUGGGGUUGAUCGUUUGCGAUGGUGAUGAUGCCAUGGAAGCAAGGGUCGCGGGUCUUGUUGUUGGUGUGGACUCUCUGAAGAAGCUAUCGCGUCGUACCGUCAGAAAAGCUAAACGCAAUCUAGCAGAGCAACAGUGGUCUUGCAGCAUCGCGGCCAGAAGCGCCAAGGAAGAGCGAUCAGAGUUUCAGUAUUGGGCCGACGUCGAGAUUUCCAGCGACGAAUCCGCCGGCCAAGAAUUCGCCAGCGACGAAUCCUCGGGCGACGAAACCAUUCCUGCAGUGGGUAAGCGCGGACCGAAACGGGCGCGAUCCAAUUCGCCCGACUCCAGCGCACCCGGGGGUGACGGCAAGAAGCAGCGGAAGGGAGAGGGAGCCGAUGUCUCCGCGGAGGCCUCUCACAUGAAGAAGGCGAAAAAAACGACCGAGGAAGGCAAGGAGGAGGGACAAGAUAUCGAGACUGGAAAGGAGCAGGUGAAAACGGAAGUCAAGUUUGACGGUGUCCUAGCGGACGCACCCUUCCAGUUCCCGUUCCCGGUGGCCGCGGAGAAACCUGCGGUGAAGAGUGAGUGUGUCCAGGAUGGCACCUCUUCCAAGGUACCAAACGUGAAGAAAGAAGGCGGCAAUGUCUCCGCGGGGGCCUCGCAUAUGAAGGCGAAAAAAACGACCGAGCAAGGCGUGGCGGAGGGACAAGAUAUAGGGACUGGAAAGGAGCAGAUGAAAACGGAAGUCAAGGUUGACGGUGUCCUAGCGGGCGCACCCUUCCAGUUCCCAUUCCCUGUGGCCGCGGAGAAACCUGCGGUGAAGAGUGAGUGUGUCCAGGAUGGCACCUCUUCCAAGGUACCACACGUGAAGAAAGAAGGCGGCAAUGUCUCCGCGGGGGCCUCGCAUAUGAAGGCGACAACCCUUGGCCGAGCAAGGCGUGGAGGAGGGCGUGCAGGAGGGACGCGAUAAAAGACACUGGGAAGGAGCGGGUGGGCGGUUGUGGCUGUCUCGGAUAGCAGUGGUACAAUUCGAUUGUCCAUCUCAACGGCCGACAACUCUUGUAGUUCACCUGGGGUUUCCUAAUUCCCAGGUGAAAACGGAAGUCAAGGUUGACGGUGUCCUAGCGGACGCACCCUUCCAGUUCCCGCUCCCGGUGGCCGCGGAGAAACCUGUGGUGAAGAGUGAGUGUGUCCAGGACAGCGCCUCUUUCAAGGUACCACACGUGAAGAAAGAAAGCGGCUGUGGGCCCUGAGGCUGGCACCACCUUUCUAAAUCGGGCCCUAGUUAAUGCGUUGGAAAACCUAUUUUUCUGUUUUUCUUGGCCGGCGUUUGUUGUGCAUGCACCAGAGCCCACACUUCACACCACCGACCGAGGAGUGAGAGAGAAAUGGCGGCCGUACCAAAAGAGAGAGCACGAAGUUCGAGUAGCUUCUGCUACUAGUAAACAUGGAAGAAUAUUCAUAGCGAGACACCAUUAGUAUGUCCUUAGGCC